CUGAACGUCAGGAAUAAGGUGCAGAUAUAUAUUACACUGUAUUUAUUCAUAGUGAAUGAACACAUUCAGCUCAGAUCCAGUUUCCAUUGUUUUUGCCAAUUAAAUAUGUUAACAAAGCCUGUCAAGACACACCCACACACAGCUUCUGUGGAGCCUUGACCAACCUUUCCUAGAUUUCGUACUCAUUUGAAUAAUACCUAGCAUGCAUUGCAAGUGUUUGUUUUCACAUGUGUGCUCUUAUCUGGAGUGAUUUACAGUCGGUGCAUUCAACGAAGAUGAAAGUUUGUGGUGGGCCUCUGCCCUCUUCCCUGUGUGCGUGGGUGGUGCUGCUUAUUUUGGUGGAGUCAGGUGAACCCUACCGGACCCCAUACGACCAGGAACAAGGCCAGAACAGUGACAGGGACAGAGAGAGGACAGACUCCAGGCUAGACACCAUGACAGACACCAGGACAGACACCAGGGACUACCACAGAGAUGCCAGUGAGGUGAGGGGUAAAGAGUGUCAGCGGUGCUGUGACCCUGGAGAGGAGAUCCGUACUCAGUCUUCCAACCCCCAGUACCCACAACACUACCCACAGUACCAGGCGGUGCCACAGAUCAACAUAACCAUCCUCAAAGGUGAGAAGGGGGACAGCGGCCAGCGAGGACCCUACGGUAAAUCCGGCAAGUCCGGCCAGUCCGGCCCCCGUGGGCCCAACGGCAUCAAGGGCACCAAGGGGAGCAUAGGGACCCCGGGUGACCCCUGCAAGUCCCAGUACGCUGCCUUCUCCGUGGGCCGCAAGAAGGCCAUCCACUCCAACGACUAUUACCAGACCUUGGUGUUCGACACUGAGCUCGUCAACCUCUACGGCCACUUCAACAUGUUCACAGGCAAGUUCUACUGCUACGUGCCGGGAAUCUACUACUUCAGCCUGAACGUGCACACGUGGAACCAGAAGGAGACGUACGUGCACGUGAUGCAUAACGAGAGAGAGGUGGUGAUCCUGUAUGCCCAGUCCAGUGACCGGAGCAUCAUGCAGAGCCAGGGGCUGAUGCUAGAGCUGGAGCGAGAGGACCAGGUGUGGGUCCGGCUGUUCAAAGGAGAGAGGGAGAACGCCAUCUUCAGCGAUGACUUUGAUACCUACAUCACCUUCAAUGGACACCUUAUCAAGCCCAAGAGCGAGGGGUAGGGGGAAGGGGUCGGUUGGGGCUGUGUCCAAAAUGGCACCCUAUUAGCUGUAUAGUCCACUACAUAGGGAACAGGAUGCCACUUGGGACGUAUACUGGGGGUGUUGUGGGCUUGUAUGAUGGACCAGUGUGACACGAGAAGGAGACCAAAAUCUGAAGAAGAUUGGUUCCCAGUUCAUAGAAGAAUAUCUUCUUAAUUUUCUUAUUGUGUCUUUUUAUGUGUGUUAUAAUAACUGUAUUUUAAUCCAGAUAUCAAAAUAGAUAUUCACUUACUUUGAGAAGUAAACCAAGCCACUUGUUAAUUUGGCAAAAACAUGUUGCACACACAGCCUGAUGAAGAUUGAUGAUCGUUUGGAGGUUUUGUCAGGAAACAGCCAAACAGAAUCAAUUCAAGAUGGCCACAAUUCAAGAUGGCCACAACAACCCCUAGCACACGGGAAGUAGUGGUGCUGCAGCACCCCCUGAUAAAUAAAACAAUAUAAUAUUAAUAUAAUAAAAUAAAAAAUAGAAUCCCCCCCUCCCCCCAACCAGAUGAGUGCUCUAGGCCUUUAUUACUCCUGUAUGAGAGGAGUAAAAUACUUGUCAACAGAGCGGAGAAAAUGUAUCCUCAGGGUAGGGACGUCCCAAGGAUCCCAGAUAGCACUAACCAUGUUCAAAGUGCCUUGAUUGCGUGAAGCAUUGUCUUGCACCCAUACCAUUCUUACAGUACUGCUCUUUCACUUUGGGCCAGUAAAUCUUAAAAAUUAGACCAUGACUCCCUGCAACACUUAGUGUGCAUCCCAAAUGGCACCAUAUCCCCUAUUUAGCCACAUAAGGUUCUGGUAAAAAAAAUUGUGCACUAAAUACGGAAUACCGGUAUGGUGCUAUUUGGGACUCAGACCCUUUAUGAAUCAUGUAUUUUUAAUGUAUUUUGUGUGAUGCAAAGUAUUAUGAAUCGUAUCAACUUUGCACCCAGAUAAACUAUAUGUUAGGUUAAGAGCACUCCUCAUAGCUUUCAGAUGUAGAGACAGAUAAUAUUUUUGGGAGUUAGACAUAGAUUGCACUUAUAUUACACUGUAAACACAUCCAUUUAAAUGUCAAUAUAUCUUUAUUGUCAAUUUCAACUCAAUAUAUCUUUAUUGUCCCCAGUGUAAAACAGUUGUAGACAUAGAUAUCAUAAAAUAUGUCAUACAAUGACCAAGACUAAAUAAAGCAACAGGACCUAGACUAGAUAAAGCAACAGGACCUAGACUAGAUAAAGCAACAGGACCUAGACUAGAUAAAGCAACAGGACCAAGACUAGAUAAAGCAACAGGACCAAGACUAGAUAAAGCAACAGAAC